CACCCCGUCCCUAUUAUGGACCACAACCUACUGGAAUAUAUCAAAAGAUACAUGAUGAAAAUAUCAGUAGAUUAAUACAAUGGAUUACUGGAGAAAUCCCUGAUUUUAAUCCUGUUCCCAAACUCGCUUUGCCUCCAAAACCAGCGAUAAAGAAAGUUGAAGUUGACUCUAACGAAGAACUGGCCAAUCUCACACAAA